AUGCGCUGCGGACUCUUCCACGCCGCCUCGCGCGGACCGCCUCUGUUGCCUCUGUCUCUGGUGGUCUCCUGUCUCCCUAAUGGCACUUUGUUAAUCAUAUUCAUCCCCGGUGUUUUCUACGAGAGUAUGGCCUUUGUAUUGGAAGGCAGUCUUUGUUUCUACGGUUGGUUAAGUAACUUUCUGCCGAGCGUACAAAUUUUAAAAGGCAAAUUUGUACCCACAUUUGAGAAGAAGGUGAAGCCGGAUCAAAAAGUCCUCAAGAAAACUGGGUUCGCAUACUCGCUUCGGCAGCUCCAGGGCUCUGGAAAUACCUGGAAGCUGCUCCCUGCAGGCCACUCUGUAUCAGGUUCUGUGCUUAUGCCAGGGCAUGAAGCCUCAUCCAAAGACCUGCAUUACAGCACAACUUUGAAAGUGAGAGAGUCAAACACUCACAGGACAAAUACACCAAGGAGAUGGAAGGGAAGAAAUAAAGGAAUCCAGGACCUGGAGGAGAGCUUUGUGCCUGUUGCUGCAGUCCUGGGUCAUCAGAGAGAGCUGUAGAGGUACUCCAGUGAUUGUGAGAGCACCGGAAGAACUAGGCAUGGUGGGUUGCCAAGUGAUCAGGAGCUGGAGGAGUUAAAGGCAGGGGAGCCAGGUAACAGCAGCAAAGUAGUGCAGAGGGGGAGAGAGUUCUUUGAUAGCAACGGGAACUUCCUGUGCAGAAUCUGA